AAGCGUCAACAUAAACAACGUAGGCUUUGGAAAACACGGCCGAAGGACGCGGUUCUGCAUUGUCUGGUGUUAGUUUUUCCAGGAGUUUUAGCCCAAAAUCCACUUGCAAUGGCUUUCGACUCGAUUCCGAAAGAUCUUCGAGCGUUGCGAGCCUGCUUGGUGUGCUCGUUGAUAAAGUCAUUCGAUCAGUUCGAAACGGACGGCUGUGAUAACUGCGAAGACUUUCUACGGAUGAAAAACAAUCGGGAACAGGUGUACGACUGUACCAGCAACAAUUUCGAUGGAAUGAUUGCGGUUAUGAGUCCGGACGAUAGCUGGGUUUGCAAGUGGCAACGAAUAAGUCGCUUCACAAAAGGAAUCUACGCCAUAUCCGUAUCCGGAAGACUGCCGAACAGUAUAAUUAGGGAGAUGAAGAAUCGUGGCAUUCCGUACCGGCCACGAGACACGAGUCAGCGAUAGAAUGUUGUCUUGUGGUCCUCCUUUUGUACUUCGUAAUAAAGUGAAUCAUUUAAGUAAGAACUAUACAAGAUAAAAAUAAAUGAAACUCGUGACGCAUUUGAUAGGGAAA